AUGGCACUGUCCUGGCAUGGACGCAUCCCCCUUGGCCAUGUGGUGCCAUCCUGGUUUGGACACAUCCCCCUGGGCCAUGUGGAGAGGAGCUUGGCCACAGGAAAUCUUAGUCCCAGUCUCCUUCAGCUCAUCCUCUUCGGGCUCAGCAACCAGAUGGUGGUGACGUUCAAGGAGGAGAACACCGUCACCUUCAAGCACCUCUUUCUCAAGGACUACGUGGAUGGCUCAGACGACUCGUACGCUGUCUACACACAACGUGAGCUCUACGAGCAUGUCUUCUACGCCGUGGAGAAGUACUUGGCCAUUCCCAACGAGAGCAUCGGGCGCUACGCCUACGUGCGGGGCGAGCACGGGACCAACCGCUCAGCCCUCAUGCUGUGCCAGCAGUUCUACCGCAAAGGGCGCAUCGACCCGGCCAAUGACACCUUCAACAUCGACCCCAAAAUUGUCACAGACUGCCUGGGAGUGGAGCCCCAGGAGCCACAGCCCCUCCCGCCAGAGCUGGACCGCAGUUACAGGAACUUCACCCUCAAGUUUCACAAGCUCAUCAAUGUCACCAUCCAGUUCAAGCUGAAAGCCAUCAACAUCCAGACCAUCAUCAACAACGAGAUCCCAGAUUGCUACACCUUCACCAUCACCAUCACCUUUGACAACAAGGCUCACAGCGGCCGGGUGAAAAUCCACCUCGACAAUCGGGCUGACAUCAAGGAGUGCAAGAACCCCAGCAUCUUUGGCCGAGGUGACAACUCCUUCCGGCUCUUCUUUGAUGUUGUCGUAAUCCUCGUGUGCUCGCUCUCCUUCAUCCUGUGCGCCCGCUCCAUCAUCCGGGGCCUCAUGCUGCAGCACGAGUUCAGCCGGUUCUUCCAGCGCCGCUACAACCAGAGCGUUUGCCUCUCGGACCGCAUGGAGUUCCUCAAUGGCUGGUACAUCCUGCUGGUGGUGAGCGACAUCCUCACCGUGCUGGGGACUGUCAUGAAGAUCGGCAUCGAGUCCAAGAACUUUGCCAGCUAUGAUGUCUGCAGCAUCCUCCUGGGCACCUCCACGCUGCUGGUUUGGGUCGGGGUCAUCCGCUACCUCACCUUCUUCCAGAAGUACAACAUCCUUAUCGUCACGCUGCGGGUGGCCCUGCCCAACGUCAUCCGUUUCUGCUGCUGUGUGGCUGUCAUCUACCUGGGCUACUGCUUCUGUGGCUGGAUCGUGCUGGGCCCGUACCACGUCAAGUUCCGCUCCCUCUCCAUGGUGUCCGAGUGCCUCUUCUCCCUCAUCAACGGGGACGACAUGUUCGUGACCUUUGCCGAGAUGCAGCAGAACAGCUACCUGGUGUGGCUCUUCAGCCAGAUCUACCUGUACACUUUCAUCAGCCUCUUCAUCUACAUGGUGCUCAGCCUCUUCAUCGCCCUCAUCACCGGUUCCUACGAGACCAUCAAGCACCAGUGCGAAGGCGAAACGCCCGUCUCCCAGCUCCACGCCUUCAUCGCCGAGUGCAAGGACAGCCCCAAGUCGGGCAAGUACCGCCGCGAGAGCACCUCGUCCUGCUCGGUUUUCUGCUGCUGCGAGAGGGCUCCUCUGUCGGACAACGCGCUGCUGGUGAAUUGAGGGAUGCUACCACUGUGCGGUGGGGCCCGCCGGUUGGACUCCUGCCCCCAGCCCGCCGCAGACACCGGCACACAGACUGCCUCCGAGCGCUCUUUUAUUUAUUUUAACGUUGGCUUUUAUUGGCAUCGGAGCUCGGCGCCUGCCCCGGAGGGGAUGAGGCGAGAUGGCGUCCGUGUUUGCCGGGGCAGAUCUCGAAGCGCUGGCAUCCUGGGAACUAGAUGGAUGAUUGCAGCCCCCUUUUCCCAUGACGGACUCGGUGUCU